CCUCUGUUAUAGAUCUCUUCUUACUCGAAGCCUUCUGUGCAUUAUCUGUGUGAAAAGCUUUAUAAUUGUGGGUCGGAAUGCUUUUUCUCUUAUUUUUAUUUCUUGUUCACUCAAUCCUUUAUUAGAAAUUGGCAGUAAAAUCAAGUACUCAUUAUCCAGAACAAGUUAUGACUUUACUUUGUAAUUUGGAUUGGUAUGCGAAACUUCCUUAUCACAUGUUCACAAUACGUCCCAGAUCAUAUGGUCGGCCAAAGGCUGAAAUUUAAGGACAACCCAGUUUCAUUGUAGAGAAGUAGGUAUGCUGUCGAGGACAAUUUUGCCUGCAGGGAUUAAAAUGACGUCGAUCUUAAGCGUUUUUAGUGUGGAAUCUGCUAGGAAAUUUCCCUAAUGAAAGAGCACUUUAAAUUUAUUUCCAACUUGCUUCUAAGUUCUACCAUUUAACUCUCGCUCAAUAGUUGCUUGCAAAUCACCCUAGAAGUUCAAUUGUGGUGGAGUGGAGUCUUUCUUACUUGCUAGUAUCCUAAGACUGUUCCAGUCUUGAUGGCUUCCAAUGGUGCAAACCAGCCAUUGCUGUCAGGAGUAGUGGAUUCCACACUGCAAACGGAUAAUAAACAUGCUCCCAACAGAAGAAGAUUUCGCCGAGUUAGAAGUGCUCCUAUAACAGAAUGUGUUCCUUCUGAUGCUGAUCGUUGUCGCUCACUCUCACACCCUGAAUCCAUUCUUGGGAAACUCAGUUUCAGUCCAAGUUUGAAGCAAGUAGCUGCUCUCUUGGCUGGCUACUUGGGUGUUGGCACCGUAUGCUUCUACUUGUACAGGGAUGAUAUUGAAGGGACAAAAACAAAUCCUAUUAUUGAUGCUGUUUAUUUCUGUGUUGUGACUAUGACUACUGUAGGAUAUGGGGACCUGGUACCAAAUACGGCCUUUGCCAAGUUACUUGCCUCUGUUUUUGUCUUCUCUGGUAUGGCAAUUGUCGGAUUGAUACUAAGCAAAGCAGCAGAUUACCUGGUAGAGAAGCAGGAAAUAUUGCUGAUUAAAGCUCUAAACAAGUAUCAUAAACAAGGUCCAAGUCAGAUCAUAAAGGAGUUUGAAUCUAACAGAGUGAAAUACAAGUGCCUCUUGACAUUAGCCAUUAUUCUUGCGCUUAUGUUGGUCGGAACCAUCUUCAUAGCUUCGGUCGAAGGCUUAGAACUUUUGGAUGCAUUCUAUUGUGUCUGUGCAACAGUUACAACGUUAGGCUAUGGAGAUGAGAGCUUCUCGACUAGAGGUGGGCGUGCAUUUGCGAUAUUCUGGAUUCUCAUUAGCACGAUCGGUUUAGGUCAGUUUUUUCUCAGCACUGCUGAGAUGUUCACUGAAAGCAGACAAAGGGCUUUGGUCAAUUGGGUCCUCACCAGAAAAAUGAUCAAUCUUGACCUGGAGGCAGCUGAUAUUGAUAAUGAUGGAGUUGUUGGGGCUGCUGAGUUUGUGAUUUAUAAGCUCAAAGAGAUGGGUAAGAUCACAGAAGAAGAUAUAUCUCUUGUAAUGGAAGAGUUUGAGGAUCUUGAUGUUGAUGAAUCUGGAACCUUGUCAGCAUCUGAUCUUGUGAUUGCUCAAUCUACACAAACAAAGAGGUGAUCUGAACUGAAGCAUCACAAAGCCAAUGGCUCAUCUACCUGUACAACUACAUAAUAUUACAAAGUUUUCAACAUCUACUAUAGUUUGUAUACCAUGUUUUCAAUCUGUCUUAAAGAUUUCCUCCGAGCUGAUGUUCUCCCAUCUUCCCUGUUGGCUAGUGUAAAUUUCCCAAUCUUAGGAGAUUAAACCAUAGUUAAAAUGUCUUAAUCCCAACAACCAGUGUUUUUUCUUUAAUUUUAAACGAAUUUCGUAUUCAAAUUUGAAUUCGACACUUCUUAGUUAAGGAAAGUA